AUGUUCGACGUUUCGUGGACUGAUCCCACACGGGAGACCGUUGGCCAGAGAAAACAUCGUAAAGAUCAAACGUCCACUAGGGGAUCUUCACCGUCAAUAAGAAGUUCCAAGUCCAGUGAUUCCUCCAAGUCAAUCAAGCACUCUAUCUUUGGGUUCUUUGGAGGCGGUAACAAAAAGAUUUCUGCUCCAGUAGCUGUGGCAUCUCCAAAGUUACCAGUUAUCAAAACCGAACAGUCUUCAAAAGUUUCUCGUCGAAUGUCAAGCUAUACUAGCACUUCAGAGACAUCAACAUCCACACAAGAGUUUCCAUCUUACCAAGAAUCCGAGAGAAGUCCUUCGGACGAGUCGGUUUUCUCUGGUUAUACUGGAAGAUCCGCGGGAACUAAGUCAUCAUGGGGCUCCAUAGUAGAUGGACAAAGCAAAAAUCGUUUUAUACAGCCUCUGAGCCCAAAUUCUUUUGUCACUCAAAGUACUGAGAUCACUGUCGCCCCAAGUGAGGAUUUCAGUGCGUCAGAACAACUAGCUACUGUCGUUCAUAUCACUUCUGGAACAGUUCCUAUCCAAAUCCAAGAUUCCACAGUGAGAGAAAACGAUACGGGUUCUAGAACUACCGAGUGGUCAAUUACAGCAAGGAACAGGCGUUCAGAUUCAUGGAGACCUCCUGAAACGUGGGCAUGUCCAGCGGAAGAAACAGCUUCAUCAACACAUUUGCAAAUGAAUAUUCGUAAGAUGGAAGCAGCAAGCAAUAAAAUUAUUCUAGAAAGAUUGAAUGAAGAAUGGAUGGAAGUGGCCGACGCAUCGGUAUAUCGAGAGCUCGAGCUUGAGAAACAACUUUGGAUGCUCACUGCUUUGCGAGCUAUCAAUCGCGUUGCUAGAACCCGUGAUGCUUCCAGGGCGCUCAACGGAGCACCAAAACAUGGGAAAAUGCUUUCGUUGUAUGAAAAUCAUGCUUCUGCAUCCUUUCUCUCAGCUUUGAAUCCGGAAAAACAAAUACAUCAUGUCUCCACAAACCCUUUAUCGCCAAAAUCAUAUCCAAAUGUUCAUCCUCUUGCUGUUCCAGGACCUACUUCACAAUUAUCUUAUGCCUCAAAUAUCUUCGGCGCGGUUCAUGCUAUAGGUCUGCCAUCUCUACUUCCUUCAUCAUCUAUCCCCAAUAUACUCAAAGAAUGUCAUCGUACGCUCACCUCUUCCCGUACGUCAACCUCAGAAAUUCCAGCAUCGCCCACCGCGAUCAGUCCACUUGGGAUAACUCAACCUGGUAUUCUUUAUUUAACCAUCCUGGAUCCUUGUCCAGUUCCCUCAUCACUUGGUCCACGACUAAGAUCUUGGCUUGAUACCCAUUUAACAGUAAAUUUAGAGAAGCAAUUUCGCUGUUUGAAUCCAACUCGUUUAUUUCCUUUAUGGUUGGCAGAUGCAGGACUUUGGGCUGAGGGGAGCUGCACAUCAUCUUUGAAAUUUCUAGCAUGUGUUGGAAUUGUAAAUGGGAAGAACAGAUAGAAUGGCAGUUGAAAAGUGUAGUGGAAGAAUGCUGUGGAAAAAGAUGUGGGGAACCUACGUCGAGGGUGGAAAAUGGUGGUGGGAUGACGCUGCAAUUGUGGAAGAAUGUGAGAGAAUGGGAACCUGCUGGGCUGGAAGUAUCAUUGAAGCUGUAAAGGAAGGGUAGAUCAGCGAAACACUUCAUGACUUGAGUGUUUGGCUGAGGCUCUAUGGUUAUGGAUUUCUGUUUCUGCAUGUUUCACGGAAACGGCGUUUGGUUGCGAUGCGUAUACCUUCUUCUUUUCUUGUAUAGUCCGCUUUCAAUGUCCUUGGCUUCUGGAUAUUGAUUUUAUUUCGUGUAACGAUCGAUUUCAACGGUCGAUG